AUGUCUUCCGAAAGAGAGCAGCUGCCGUCGCCCCCUCCGCCGCCGAAGAUAUUGAAGGAACUCCACGAAUACUUUCCUCUUCCUCUAGCACCUUGUCCUCUUCCUACUGGAACCUCUAGACCUAAUCCUAUCCCUUUCAAUCCUCUUCCUGAUAGAAUUCCUACUCUCCCUUCGAUAGCUCUUCCGGGAAGAUGUGGUGAAUGCGGCCACCUCCACCUUGGCUUCUGCAGUGAUCUGUGGAAGUACAAGGGCUGCCUAGGACCGCCAUGGGAUUUCUGUACGGAUCACAAUCUGAGUACCCAGGAUCGGCAGCGUGACGAAGUUGCAAGACAUGAAGCGUACCAGGUCAACGGCCGUAUGGAACUUCGGCCUCAUACUGCAAAUAUACAAAAUCCAGAUCCUGCUUCAUGCCCACAGGCGACCGAAGACGUCUUGAAUCCGCCGUGCAGUGGCACUUUACCGCGGUUACCGGAGCCACCACAGCGGAGACGCAGCAGAAGUGCCGCGUGGGUUGGUGCAAGUCCUCCUCCCCCUCCUCCUCUUUAUUUGAUUGAUCUAUCACUAUUCAAACCUCUUACUGCUACCCCCAUCCGACAAAACAGUAGCUUCGGCGACGAAAGCUAUGCGGAGAGACUGGUUGACUUCAAAUCCAAUGGUAUGAAUCCAAGGCGAAUUGACCGACCCUACAACAGCGAGCCCAUCCACGCCAACGAUGAAGAAUUUCCGCUCCAUGCCCCGAGCCCAAGAAAGUCCUCGCUACCGAAGGUCCUCAACUUCGAACUCACCGAAGACCUAAGUUCAUAUCCCGCCAAAAUCCGCCAAGCGCUCGAGAAUUCAGCAUACAUAGGCGCACAAGAUUACUCACCAAGCGGCGGAACAGCUGAAUACGAGCUGGUCCAAGAGGACUGGCUCAAAGAAAAGGCAAAGCUAGAGAGCGAAAAGUUGGUGGGCACCUUUAGGAGUCGGCAUACGGCGAACACUGAGGCAGCGAAGAUGUUCCUCCAUCGGUUCUGGGUGCAGGUUAUGGACCACCAGCAGUUCUACGAAGCUUAUAUAGGAAAGUCGGGUAUAUUGACGUUGAAUAUUGAGACCGAGGACGCGCAGGGUAGGAAAAGGUGGGGGAGCGUGUUCGUGCGCAGGAAGGGUAGUCCGGGCACGGGUCAAUUCGGGGGUGGAUGGGUCAAUGCCCCGUUGAUGGCAAAUGCGUCAACAGCCCCUUGA